AUGACAGCAUCACGAUAAUCAUAUGUUAUUGUGGACUGCAUGACACACCCAAACUCAUUGCAUUGUUAUAGACAUAGCUAAUAUGUACGUGUUGUAUAACUAUAGUUCAGUUCAUAGCUACUAUUAGGGAAGAGCAAGGUUGCUGACUCAUAUACAUUCAAUAACAAAAGUUAAACUGAGAGACUAUGACUGGUCAAGCUAUUGCUGUCUUUGUGCUACUAGCUGCAAGUUUCCCAAUAUUCACUAGUGCAACCACUCAGUACAACAACGAUGCACCACCUGAGGCUAUUGUCUUUGGGCCGGCUGAUACCAGUGGUGCUGGGACUAGUAGAAUCAGAGGAAUGAGAGAGACUAGAAAUGCUGAUUUUAUCCUCGGUGGACUAUUCCCUGUGCAUUCCAGGGGGUACUGUGAACACUUCAAUCGUAUAAACAUUGUAGAGGCCAUGCUCUUUGCACUGGAUACCAUCAACUCUGACCCAAAUCUUUUACCGAAUGUUACGCUUGGUUAUGAUAUUCGAGACACGUGUUUUAUUGAGCAGAUUGGUUUGGACGAAACUGCCGAUUUGAUUAUCACACCUAUGCAAGGCACGUGCUCAGCAACUGCUGGUGAAUCAAUAAAUCAAACAGUCGCGAACACAACUACUCUAACCACCUUUGGUCUUGUGGGAGCAGCAUCUAGCUCUGUAUCAAUUCCCGUAGCUGGCCUUACCCGUUUAUUUACAGUCCCUCAAGUCAGUUUUGCUUCUACCUCAGAUAUUCUUGGAGAUAGGGAGCGAUACCCAUAUUUUUUUAGGACCGUACCUUCAGAUUCAUUGGAGGUACAAGCUAUUAUUGACGUGAUUCAGCAUUUCGGUUGGACUUACAUUUCAACAAUAUUUUCUCGAAACACUUAUGGCCGCUUUGGGAUUGAUAGUCUAGUAAGGAUAGCUGGUGAAAUAGGCAUAUGUAUAGAUCUAAACGAAGGCAUUGAUGAGACAGCUACUGUAUCUGAUUAUCAAAAAAUAGCAGAUAAACUUUCAAGAUCAACAGCAAAUGUUGUGGUGUUUUACUCUACCCGACAGCAUGUACAAGAACUAUUCAAACACCUUGAAAAUGUCACAACACGGCACUUCACCUGGAUAGGUAGUAGUGGCUGGACGCAACUGGCCAACGAAUUUCCUCCAAAUAUAGUGUCCGGUUUCUUUGGAGUUUUGCCUGUUUCAAAUCAUGCUAAUUUGUUCCAUAGCUACUAUUCAAAUCUCACACUGGGGAACAAUUUACGAGAUCCGUGGUUUCCCGAGUUCUUCCACAAUUUUUUCAAUUGCUCUGGUGAAGAUUGUCCGCUAGCCGGAGUGACAGCUGGCAGUGAUGAUUUUUUUGUACCAUUGGUGAUCGAUGCUGUGUACACACAUGCCCAUGCCCUCCAGAACUAUUUGAAUGACAUUUGCGGGUCCCCUGUUGUCUGGAAUAGAGAGACGAGCUCAUGUAAUGGCCAAAAUGGAACGUUUGAUCGAUCGAAUUUAUUACAGUAUGUAGCAAAUGUGAAUUUUACUAGUUUGACAGGCAAUCGUGUAGUUUUUAACGAAAAUGGAAGCGUAAAGUCAUUUACGUUUAGAGUAACGAAUUAUCAAGCCAAGACAGAGCAAAAUGAAGUUAGCUACAGCCUUGAGAACAUUGGAAUGUGGAGUGAGCUCAACGCUUUAGAUGUAAGUCAGGACACAUCAGUACAAUUUUUCGAUUUUUCAGGAGCAAUGAUCCCUGAGGCUGUUAGCUCAGCGUGUAGUUCUUGUGCUCCUGGCCAGUACAUUCGCAGAAUCGACGGUGCGUGCUGUGGUCUUUGUGAUAGUUGCCUGGGUGUGCUGUUUUCAAAUAGUUCGCUAGCUUCCAAUUGCAGUAAUUGCUCUGUGUACGGUGAAAUGUGGGGUAACACUCCAACUGUUGGAAGUAAUGGUUGUGUCAAGAUACCCAAAGUAUUUUUGUCAUUCAGUCAUCCUUUUGCUAUUGUGGUUUCAGCUGGAUCUGUCCUCGGUAUAAUCCUGUUGAUUGUGGCCGUUGUAUUGCUGGCAGUGUUUUGGAACUCACCUGUCAUUAGGGCUUCCAGUCGAGAAUCUGUUAUACUAGUUCUAAUUGGUGCAGCUAGCAGCUUCGUAAGUAGCUUCAUCUACUUAUCUCCGCCAUCUCUAGCAAUUUGUGUUCUGCAGCGAAUCUUGUUGUGGUUUUGUUUCUCGCUAAUGAACGGAUCUUUGCUGAUCAAGGUGAUUAGAAUCACUCGAAUCUUUGUCUUUGAGAGAUCGCGGACAAAGCAGCUAAAAUGUGUUCAGUGGUAUCACCAAGUUCUCUUCUCUCUUUUGAUUGUGUGUGGUCAAAUGGUUAUUGUGUUGCUCUCAGUCACUAUUGUAAAUCCCAAUGUCUUGCGUGAAGUACGACUUAACACAAUGAAUCUCAACUCUCAACCAGAAAUUAUCAUUACCUGUGAGGCUGAGCCAAUUCUGGGUUUCAUUGUUUCAGUUUUGUACGAGGCUGGUCUUAUUCUAAUCACUGCGGUGCUAGGCACCAUGACGUUUAAGAGUCCUGCCAAUUUUAACGAGUCAAAAACCAUCUGUGUUUCAGCGUAUAUCCUACUAACGAUUUGGACCAUGUUUUUCGUUUCUUAUUUCUUCACUGGAUCUGCUCAGAACCUUCAAAAUGCGUUUAUCGCCCUGACAACCACUCUCGGAGCUUAUACGAUAUUAGUCAGUGUUGUUGGACCACGGUUGUUUACUGUAAUCAUCAGGAAAGAUGAGGACUCUAAAAGUAAACAAACGUAUGACGUAUCCCCUGCUGUAACGAUGAACACUAUGACUAGUAAUGCUGUGACAAUUGGCAGCAACAUUUAAUGGCUUAUAUAGCUAAGUCCUAUUUGCUUAUAUCUACUGCUGCACAUUAAAACACAGAUUGUAUAGUUACACAUUAAAACACAGAUUGUAUAGUUUGAGUGGCUGACUAUUAUAGUAACGUGUUCUGUUUUACCUAGCCAUUUUAAGCCAUUGUUUUAUUUGUUGUUGUUGUAGUAAAAGUGGUUGAAUAAGAAA